CGGUGAAGGCAGACGAACGAAGAAUGGCGGCCGCAGGAAGCACGAACGCCGGCACGAUCUUUCAGAAACUCGGCCUGAAGCCGAUCACGAAAUGUAGCCUCGUGAAAUUCUACGUUCCGGCUUUCGGUGUCACUUCUUACACCGCGUUGUCGGUCAACGUGAUGAAUCCGAGUCUUGUCAUCAGAAUAUUCCCAAAGAAAGACAUCACAAACUUUUUACUGGGAAGUGCCCUUGUUGGCACUGGCUCGUAUAUAUAUACUCGCGAGCAUAUGAAAAAGGCUCCUACAAGUGUAAGAAUUGCAUAUAGUACUGCCGGUGCUGUAUUGCUAAGCUUUGGAUCAGUUCUGGUGUGGGCAGUAUUACGAUCGGUUAUACCACCUAAUCCUACUCUGUGCACACUAGCUGGUAUUGGGUCUGGUCUUGCACUCAUUAAGGUUGGUUCCAGUUAUCUAAACUUCGUUGAUGAGCAGACACAGAAGAAGUAGAUUGAUAGAAUUUUUGUAAUGAACGCAACAUUGAUAUAUAUGUAUUAAAUGCAUCCAAGCAAAAAUUUGCAAUAACAUAUUACGGAGUAGUGGGAUCAAACCAAGAGUAAUGGAACACAGAAUAAUUUUCAAGCAAAGGAUUUUUAAAUGUCUACAAAUUUGUACAUUUCGUAUGGUCUUUGCUGUACAAAUGACUGGUGGCUGAGACCAGAUUAUGUUAAACAUAACUAUGUCAAAGUACUUUGUUUUUGUUCUUGUCAUUCGUUCACAACAUCUAAAAAAUGCUCAGAGAGCACAUGGAAUAAAAGUUGGAAAAUAGUUACUGUACUUUGAAAACAAUGAAGAGUGAUUUCUUGAAAUGCAAAAUAUACCUCACGUUAUACAUUAAUGUUACCAUAAAUAUGUAUGGAGUUGCGACUUAUGUAUCCAAAAAUACGUAAAACGAACAAGCUGGAUUUUUAAUUUAUUGUGGCUUUACAAUGUGAAUGCAUUUUUUUUUUCGGGCACCCUAUAUGUCCAUUCAAUUAAUCAAUUAGCAAUAGUAAUAGUACUAGAGAUGUGCAAGUUUUUUCUGCAAAUUUAAUGAAUGUUGCACCAAAAAAAACGAAUUAAAAGAUUUAAUAUACACACGAAAAAUGAAGUAUUUGUAAUUCUUAUUUUAUGAACGUAAGUAUACAGAUUAAUUUGCUGUUCAAGCACGAGCAGGCUUCUUUUAUACGGAAGGAUCAAUGUUACUUGAAUUUGUGUUAUGAUUUUAAAAAAUGCAUACGACUGCACUGCAACUGGAAUAAGAUUGUAUCACGUGUAUAAUAAACUAUUAUUAAACUGAAAGUGAUACAUCUGUCAGUCUGUUUGCCUACAAAUAUAAGAAAA